AUGGAUUCGGAGAGUCCGCCAAGAUCGGGCGCCAGUCACGGACGGCUCGGCGCGCAGCAGGCGUUGAGCGGGGGCGGCGAGCGAGUGGUGUCGCUGAUGGUGGGCCCCGAUCGGACGCAGUUCCUCUGCAACGCGUCGCUGCUCUCGCGCCACUCGCCCUUCCUCGCCUCGCUGCUCAGCGACCGCUGGUCCACCGCUGCUCCGCGCACCUGCGCGGAUGAUGCGGAGGGAGUUGCGCGAGAAGGAGAGGGGAGGGGGGAUAUACGAGGUGGUGCGUCAGCGGAUAGCAGCUGGGAGCUGGCCUCCGUGGAUGCUAGAGACUUCGCGCACGUGAUGCUUCUUCUGGCGUACAAACAACUGCAGAGUCAACCAGAUCUGGGCAACGAGGAGCUGGACUCGCUUCGAGGCACGCUGGACUUCCUCAAGGUGGACAUUCACACGCUCAAUGCACACGCUGCCAGAGAUCUUUCCAACAUGGGAGGAGUGUCUUCCAGCAGCGCAAAUGCAGCCGCCGGCAACGCGUCCCUGACCUCCUUCUCGUGCCCACCUCUGGUGCGGCAGCUGCAGCCAUUGCCUGUGGUGCGCGUACCGCCAGGGUGCGAUGACCCGCUGUUGUUCGAACAGCCCGAUGAGUUCUCCAAGUUCCGCCUGAACCUGCGCCACCACGCCAUCCUCUGCACCAUCUGCUGGGCCAGCGGCCAGGGACUCAGGAGUGGCAACAUCUGCGGCCAUGGACACCUCUGGGCUUUGGUGGACCGGACACAGCGGAAAGUGGUCCAGCCUGAUCUCUGCACCACGCGUCUGUGUCUCUACGCCAAGCUCCCCAUGGAUACAGUCGGGUCGUCACUAUCUGACGCCGGUCACGGACGGCUUGGCGCGGUGAACGUGGGCGGCGAGCGAGUGGUGUCGCUGCUGGUGGGCCCUGAGAGGACGCAGUUCCUCUGCAACGCGUCGCUGCUCUCGCGCCACUCGCCCUUCCUCGCCUCGCUGCUCAGCAACCGCUGGUCCUCCGCUGCUCCCCGCACCCGCGCGGAUGACGCGGAGGAGAGGGAUAAAGGUCGCAAAAACAUUUCGGUCGAUACUUUUGAGCUGAAAUCCGUGGAUGCUAAAGAUUUUUCGCGAGUCCUGCUGCUCCUGGCGCACAAGCAACUCCAGAGUCACCCAAAACUCAGCAACGACGACCUGGCUUCGCUCACCUCCACUCUUGACUUCCUCAAGAGUGAACUGGACACCCGUGUGCGACUUACCAAUGGAAAUGCAUCCGGCAAGGCCGGCAAGGCCGGGGAUACGUCUCGUAGCGGUGUUGCUGCAGCCACCACCCGCACUUCUUUUUCCUUUGUCGCGUGUCCGCCACUCGUGCGGCAACUGCGGCCAGUUCCUGCUGUUCCUGUGCCACCGGGGUUCCAAGAUCCGCUACUGUUCGAGACUGAUGGAUACCCCUCUGUUCGCUUGAACCUUCUCCAUCAUGCUAUCUGGUGCUCCGCAUGCGACGUCAGCAUGUUACUGAAUGGAGGCCUUUGCUGCGACGUGCACCUCUGGGAUUUGGUUGACCAAGUUCAAGAGAAAGCAGUCCAGCCAGACCUGUGCACGGCUCGUCUGCGCCUUUACACCAAGGUCCGCGCCAUGUAUGAUGACCCAAAGUCUGGAGCCGUGCAGAUACGAAGGACAGAAGAGACGACGCACGCUCAAAGCGAGGAAUUCUUGGAUCCGUUGGGCGAGUCUUCCGCGAUGGCGCGUAUGCGGCCGAGCGGGAGUGUGCUGUUCGCCGUGGUGGGUCGCACGCAGUACGCCUUCGACGCCUACUCCGCCGCGCUGCCGCCCCACUUCUUCCGCCACCCGCCUGCACAGUCCCCAUUUUGGUCCGCCCACACUCCCGCUGCCGCCGUCGGCGCAGAGAGCACGGAGAAGAUAAAAGGCGGUGCACACAACAGAACAGGUGUGGGGUGCCCCGCAAGACGUGGUAGCGGGGGUCAGGAGGGGCUGGCGGAGGGCGGAAACGAAGCGCUUGUGGGUUGCGAGAACGGUGGGGGAAAGAGGACGGGGCGGGGGACGAUAAGCGAGCGGCGGCACACGGCGACGAGCGGCAGCGCCAGCCACAGCGCGCAAUUCACAGUGGGCUUGCGGAGCAAGCGCGAUGGCACGGGGGUAGAGGUGGCGCGCGAAGAGGCAGGGGGAGGGCGCGGGGGGAAGCUCACGGGUGGAGAUGGCGCGGAGGGGCGCGGCAGUAACGACUUAGGGCUAGUGUUCGUGUCGGAGGCGGAAGGCGGGGCGGGGAACGUGAUGUUCUGUGAACUAGCGCAGGGGGCGGAGUAUAGAGUCGCAGGGGAGGAGGUGGUUGCGAAGGUGACGGGUGGAGGAAGAAUGAAAGAGACGAAGAGCCGCGCGGCGGGCAGGGAGGUGGCGGAAGGGGAGGAUGGUGCGGGGCUUCUCAAGGGGGUGCAAGCGAUGCAGGCGCAGUGGGGGAGACUGGCUUUGGGGCAGGCGAAGCAGCAGGGGGGCGCGAAGGGAAAGGAGAGACGGAUGUUGGCGGGGGAUGGCGGUGAUGGCGGAGAGGAGGAUCAGGGCGCUGUGCUGCGCGCUUGCCAGGGGAGGCGCAGCAAGCAGAGGCAGGGGGGAGAGGGAGCAGAAGGGCGAGAAGGAGGAGAUGGAGGUGAUGGAGGAGUGGGGGAAGUGGAAGUCCAGGGAAGCGGGCGCAGCGAGGGGGUGUGUGAGGCGGUGCAGUUGACGCAGGGCGUGGCAUGGCAUGACCGACCUGCCAUGGUCGCUGCAGCUGGUGGUCCCUAUCUCGUCUUCGCACGCACACAGCCCGGCCACUCUGCAGCACCGGGGGGCAUGGCAGGUGCAUGGGCAGGCGGGCAGGCGGAGGGAGGAGCGUCGGGAAAGGGGCAUGCGGCACGGUUGAGCUGGAGUGCAGUGCACGUGCAACACAUGGGGAGCAACGGCACCACUACAGCUAAGAUUUGCACUUGCUGUGUUUCUCCUUCCCCCUACACCAAAGUGUUCCUUGCUCAUUGUUUCUCUCCUCCCACCCCCUCCCCCUCCCUUCUUGAUCCCCCCCAGCACUGCGUAACACCCCCUCAUCUCGCUGACUUCUCCCCCAGCGUCUCCCCCUCGGGCCGCUGGCUCGCUGUCGCCUCUGCGCCUGCCCGCUACUCCUCUCACCACACUCAUGCCAGCGCUGCUGCUGCCAGUACUGCUGACAUGGGCACGGGUGGCGCAGUGGGCAUGCAGCAGAGGGACCUGCUGGCACUGCCCACUGCCAUCCACGUGAUGCGCCUGCCGGACGGCAAGCAUCGGCAGGAAGUGGUGGCGCAGGGAGGGUGGCCGGCGUGGGGCAAGGACGACUCCUCUCUCCUCUUCCACCGCCUUGUACGUUCGCGAGGGGAAGCAGGCCGUGAUUCUGCUGAGGGGGUGCAACAGGGGGAGGGCAGUGAGGGGUGGUUUGGUGUGUUCCAGGUGCAGCUGAAUCUGCCUGGAGAAGAUGAGGGACAGGCGCGGCAGAGGGCGGAUGGUGAGGAGGAGGAUGGCUUCAGCGGCACAGCUUCCACGGCACAAACAGAUGUAGGAGCCACUGCAGUUGCGAGUGCAGGAGUGAGUCCAGGGGAAGGAAAGGCAUGGAUAGGGGUGGGCAGGGAGGAGCGCCUCACACCUCCCGGGCUGCACGCCCUCACGCCCUCCUCUGCUGCCUCCUCCCCGUGUGGUCCCUUCAUCGCCCUCACCACCCGCCGCCCCCCCUCGCCCUUCCGCCACGUGGAGCUGCUUCACCUGCCGUCGCGCCAGCUGUACAUGCUGACUCAGCACAUCCGCCCGUCCGCCAAUCAUUACACGCCGUCAGUGGCCCCGGACGGAUCACGUGUUGCAUACCACCGUUGCCGGUGCGCCGGUGCAGACGGUGAAGAUGAGGGAGAUUUAGCGGACGACAGUGCACCAGUUGCCGAGGGCAGCGAGGGGACAGGCAGCAAGAAAGACACAGCUGGGGCGCACAACGAGGAGGCACACCGAGCACUGUUAGCGCAACCCCCCCUCACACUCUCGCAACCAAUAUCCCCCCAGCGCGCACACGCUGACUGCACGGACUGUCACGGGUACUACAUGGAGCCCAUCGCCACGCCCCUGCCGCCCUCCACGCCCUUCACGCUCAUCCGCACGGCUGGCCUCUUCCCCGCUCUCUCCCCCGACGGCCGUCUGCUCGCCUUCAUCCGUGCUCUCAGCGGCCCCAGUGCAGGCGUCUACGUGGUGCCGGCAGAUGGCAGUGCAGUGCAGCAGCAGGUUUUCCAGGGUGCGGCGUUUGGGCUGGCAUGGAACCCCACGGUGCCUGGUGUGCUGUACACGAGUGUGGGGCAGGGGUUUGCACCGGGGGAGGCAGAGGUACACGUGAUGGAGGUGUCAGGAGUGGGCGCAUGGCUGUUCCAGGAGGGGGGAGGAAGGGAGGGGAAGGCUGAGGGAGGGGCCGGGGGCGGGGCUGAGGGAGAUAGAGAAGAGGAGGACAGUGGCGGUGGUGACAGAAGCAGCAGAACUGGUCGUGGCAGAGUGAACGGUGUGUCGUGGCGGCGCCUCACCCUCCCCGGCACGCGCAACAACGCCUUUCCAGCGCCGUCACCAUGUGGGCGGUGGAUAGUGUUCCGGUCAGCGCGCACAGGCCACAAGAACCUCUUCCUCAUGCCCGCUCAGCACGGCGAGCGGGGCGGGGUGUGGCAGGUGAGUGACGGGCCAUGGACCGACACCAUGCCUGCAUGGGACCCGUGGGGCCGGUGGAUCGUGUUCAGCUCUGAUCGCGGUGAGAGCGAGGGUUUUGCUCUCUAUGCCAUGCCUGCCGUGCUGCCUACAAGUGCUGUUGCAAGUGGUGCUGCUAGUGGUGGUGGUGGUGACACUCGAUCAGCUGGGAAGGUGGAGCAGGAGAAGCAAUGGCAGCAGGCAGCAGAGCAGCAGCAGGGGGUGGUGCGUGUGUGGCACAACGGGCCGUGGGGGAGAGUCAACCACGCUGCCUUCAGCCAAGACGGGCACUUUCUUGUUGUCACUGCGGACAUGGCAGGCAUGUCAGCAGACCCUGUAGCAUACCCACAGCAGUUCCAGCCUUACGGCGAGAUAUUCCUUCUGCAGUUGAAUCGCACGAAACACCCACCGCAGGCUGCUGCUGGUAAUGAACGCAGGGGUGACUAUGUUGCUGGUGACGCUAGUAGUGGUAGUAGCAGUGGUGGUGGCAGUGCAGUGGAGGGAGAGUUGGGUGAGGAGCAGCUGAAUGUGCGGCAGUGGGAGCGGCUGACGUUCAACCCGUACGAGGAUGGCACACCCUCGUGGAGCCCGCACAUAGUGCACCCUGCACCGCUGCAUACCCAGAGGCACCGAGUGACAUGUGACUUUGACGACGUGGGAGCCCUGGCAGGGCGUGUGCGCGUGGAGGAUUGA